AUGCUCCACAUCCUCAUGGACAAUACAGGGAUUAAAUCUGAGGAGGGUAUAGCUUAUGACACCGUGGUGGCUCUUCAGGCUCUGGCUCUCUACUCCACUCUGGUGUUCAGUCCAGUGGGUUCAAGCACAGUGACGGUCCAGUCUCCCAGUGGCCAGCUGACGUUUGAUGUAAAUCAGUACAACAAACUGCUCUACCAGGAGAAGAAUCUGCAGGACGUGACAGGAACGUACAGCCUGGAGGUGAAGGGGACUGCAAGUGCUGCAAUACAGAUUUCUCUUGUCUAUAACAUCCCAACUCCUGUUCAAGUUACCACUCUCCGCAUUGACAUCAAACCAGAGGCCGACCGCACCAGAGAAAGAACCAAAGUCCUUCUAAAAAUAUCAUCCCUAUAUAGUGGAAAGGAGCCCAGUACAAACAUGGUUAUCCUGGAUAUCAAAAUGCUCUCUGGAUAUGUCCCAGACCCAGAGUCUUUGAACAUGCUCAAAGGUGCCAAGCUGGUGGAUCGUGUUGAACAAAAGGAGGAUCGUGUUCUGGUGUACAUACGGGAGUUACCGAAGGACAUAGUCAUCAACCACAGCCUAACGCUCAUACAGGACUACCAAGUACAGAACCUGAAGCCAGCCGUGGUCAAGCUCUACGACUACUACCAGCCAAGUGACCAGUCUGAUACAGAAUACACCCUAUACCCUUGGGUGGCAGCUUGAAGAGCGUGUGGUCAGUCCUCGAGUCGUCCAGAAGAUACAUAUUAUGUACUUAACACCAUGUCUGUUUGUCUUCUCUUGUUAGUAUUCUGC